CUCGGCUCCGGACUGCUCAGGUCCCACAGCGCCGGUCGCCGCGGAGAAUCCGAAGGUGCCCUGCUCCUGGAGGUCUCUGGAGGGCGGUAGCCCAGGCUGCGGUCCCCUGGGCCGUCCCAGGGUCUCUGGUGACAUACCCGUCUGUCCCCUGUGCCAUGGGGGCACAGUGGGCCCUCCUGCUGGCCUGGGCUGCAGGCCUGGCCACUGCCCUCCCACCUAACAUUGUGCUGAUCUUUGCUGACGACCUGGGUUACGGGGACCUGGGCUCCUACGGGCACCCCACUUCCACCACUCCCAACCUGGACCAGCUGGCUGCAGGCGGGCUGCGGUUCACAGACUUCUAUGUGCCUGUGUCGCUAUGCACACCCUCCCGGGCGGCCCUCCUGACCGGCCGACUCCCAGUCCGGUCAGGCUUGUACCCUGGAGUCCUGGAGCCCAGCUCCCGUGGGGGUCUGCCCCUGGAGGAAGUGACCCUGGCUGAGGUCCUGGCUGCCCAAGGCUACCUCACAGGGAUGGCUGGCAAGUGGCACCUGGGGGUAGGGCCAGAGGGGGUCUUCCUGCCCCCGCAUCAGGGCUUUCAUCGAUUCUUGGGCAUCCCGUACUCCCACGACCAGGGACCCUGCCAGAACCUUACCUGCUUCCCACCGGCCACCCCCUGUGACGGUGGCUGUGACCAAGGUUUGGUCCCUAUCCCACUACUGGCCAACCUGUCAGUGGAGGAGCAGCCACCCUGGCUGCCUGGACUGGAGGCCCGCUACGUGGCAUUUGCCCGUGACCUCAUGGCUGAUGCCCAGCGCGAGGGCCGCCCGUUCUUCUUGUACUACGCCUCCCACCAUACCCACUACCCGCAGUUUAGCGGGCACAACUUCGUAGGGCGCUCGGGACGCGGGCCCUUUGGGGACUCCUUGAUGGAGCUGGAUGCGGCUGUGGGGGCCCUGAUGACGGCUGUGGGGGACCUGGGACUGCUCGGAGAGACCCUGGUCAUCUUCACUGCAGACAAUGGACCUGAGACGAUGCGCAUGUCCCGUGGGGGCUGCUCUGGCCUCCUGCGAUGUGGAAAAGGAACAACCUUCGAGGGAGGUGUUCGAGAGCCUGCCUUCGCCUUCUGGCCCGGCCACAUUGCUCCUGGCGUGACCCAUGAGCUGGCCAGCUCCCUGGACCUGCUGCCCACCCUGGCAGCCCUGAGCGGGGCUCCACUGCCCAAUGUCACCUUGGAUGGUACCGACCUCAGCCCCCUACUGUUGGGCACAGGCAAGAGCCCUCGGCAGUCUCUCUUCUUCUACCCGGCCUACCCAGACGAGGUCCACGGUGUCUUCGCUGUGCGCAGUGGGAAGUACAAGGCUCACUUCUUCACCCAGGGCUCUGUCCACAGCGAUACCACUGCAGACCCCACCUGCCACGCCUCCAGCCCUCUGACUGCGCAUGACCCUCCGCUGCUCUACAACUUGUCUGAGGACCCUGGUGAGAACUACAACCUUCUAGAGGAUCUGGCAGAGGUCAGCCCAGAGGUGGUAGAGACGCUGAAGCAGCUCCAGCUGCUCAAGGCUCAGUUUGAUGCAGCCAUGACCUUCGGCCCCAGUGAGAUGUCCCGGGGCAAGGACCCUGGCCUGCAAAUCUGCUGCCAGCCCAGCUGCACUCCCCACCCGGCCUGCUGCCACUGCCCGUCCCCCCACCCCUGAGCUGGCCAUCCCCGAGAGGUGUAGUAGGGAUAGCUGACGCCGUAAUAACACCAGCUGAGAAGUGAA